AGCGUCUAGUGUUGUGGCGGCAAUCACGACCGCGACUUCGUCGCCCGCUGCAACGGUUCGAACGAACGGACACCUUGGCAUCUUCGUAUCGCCCGAACCGGUGGCCACGCGCGUACGCGACCAUUAUAAGCUUCUUUCACGUUGUUCUAUCCAGCUAUUUCGCGCGGUCUUACGAUUCGCGCGAUAACCGCGCGCCCGCGCGACCAUCUAAGCGCGACAACGUGACUUUUGUCGUCGCCGUUACCCUCGUCGUCGGGACGGGUUAGAGCCGAUCGAUUUUCCCCGACGACUUCGAAGAAAAACCGACGCACUCACCGUCGAUACUGAUCAGUGUUUUCGAUACAAAUUAUCACCGAAAUAGUGCUCGUUACGGCGCAACGUGCCGUCACACAUACACGUUUAUCGCUUGUACAAUUAUUAUCGCCGCCGAAAUACGCGUUUAAGCUACCGCGCACUUUUAACCGUAACUCUGCAUAUCUCCACACACACACACACAUACGUAUAUGUAUAUAUAAUGUAAUAUAUUUACUGCGCAGAUCACUUUGCCAAAGACACGAUAAAACUCUUUUAUUAGAUAAAUCCGAGUGUCGCAGACUUGAAAAAAAGAAACAAAAAAAAACACACACACGGUGUAUGUAGUGAUCGGUACAUAUACUCACAUAUUCAUGAUUCAACGAUACUUUAAAAUUCUCAACGGGUAUUUUACACUCGACGUAUACCUAUAUACGUACGGGGAUUAGUGUGUUUUCGAUAAUCGUGAUGAUCAUUCGAUCGGUUCACAGUGCAUCUAAAUUGACGUCCGCUCGAACGGAUUAGGCAAGAUGCCAACCUUGGAGAUACUCGUGAUACGAUGAGGAAAUUUUUCGAAAAGAUGGAAAACAUUUUUUAUCAAAUAAGCGUCAUGUGGAUUCUACUUGUUCUGCAAGUUGCUCUGGCACAUUCUACAAUUCGCAACAAUGGACGUGCCGUAAGAGGAAUAUACACGCACGAGGGGUCCAUCGAGGAGUAUAACAUCGCAACGCCGUACAAAGUGACUCCGACCGGUGAACUUGUAUCUCACAACGUGACGCACCACCACGAUCACGAUGGACAAGAAGUUCACUACAGAAUGGAGGUGGCCGGAACGGAAUAUCACCUCGAACUAAAACCCUCCCUAGAAUUCAUAUCACCCGGAAUGGUGGUGGAGAGCCGAAAAAGGGGUAUCCAUGUUCGAAGGCCUUCAAAAAAUCAGGGGAGCAGAUGUCAUUAUCGCGGAGUUAUCAGAGGCCACGAAAAAUCUCACGUCGCUAUUUCCGCUUGCGAUGGAUUGGCUGGCGUGCUCCGAGGGGAAAACGGGGAGUUCUGGAUGGAACCAGUCGCCGCAAUGUCCGAAGAUCGAGUCAACGACGGUACGGCAAGAGAAACGGCCCACGCGACGAAGACGGAGGCCCCGGGUCGCCCGCACCUCGUAUUCCGACGUUCUACGCCCACCCCUGCCUCCUCAGGGGUCGGCGCCAACGCCGGCCGCAGGCGGAGGAAGAAAAGAAAGAAGAAACACGAAAAAAACUGCGGCACCCGUGGUGAGAUCUAAUAGACGCCUCGAACCAAGGCGACUGACGGAGACCCGGUUGGAAUGGCAGACGCAGACUGGCCUAGUUCAAGUUCAAGGUCGAGGUCGUCGGAAGCACCACCCCUUAAAAAAAUGGCAUCGUUUCAAGCGAUCCGUUAGUCGAGCCCGACACGUUGAAGCAUUAGUGGUCGCGGAUACUUCAAUGAUGGCUUUUCAUCAGGACGGAGACGUCGAAACGUAUUUGCUGACCAUUAUGAACAUGGUUUCGGCGCUCUAUUUGGAUCCUACUAUCGGAAAUUUUAUCAACGUCGUCGUUGUCAGGAUUAUACUCAUGGAAGAAGAUGACGGAGCGCAGGGACUGAACGUCAGCGUGAAUGCGGAUACGACACUUUACGAUUUUUGCAAAUGGCAACAAAAAUUAAACCCCGGCGACGACUCGCAUCCGAAUCAUCACGACGUGGCGAUACUGGUGACGAGGGAAGACAUUUGCUCGAGAGCCGAGACACCUUGUAGCACAUUGGGGGUUGCUCACGUAGCCGGCAUGUGCCAACCGGACAGAAGCUGCAGCGUUAACGAAGACAAUGGAAUCACACUAGCGCAUACCAUCACCCAUGAAUUAGGACACAAUUUCGGGAUGUACCAUGACACGGAAAAAAUCGGAUGCAGUAAACGAGACGGAGAUACUUUGCACGUCAUGACACCGACAUUCGAGGUAGACACCGUAGGCGUUGCCUGGUCGCGGUGUUCUCGACGGGACAUUACGAACUUUUUGGAUCAAGGAAAGGGAGAGUGUCUCGAAGAUGAGCCAGCGGACAAUGACUACGCGUAUCCGGAUCUUCCGCCGGGCGCGAUGUACAACGCCGAACAUCAGUGCAGACUUCAAUUCGGUGUUAGGGAAGCGGCCGUCUGUUCGCCGCUGCAAGAGAUCUGUUCGAAACUAUGGUGCGUCGUCGAUGGCGCCUGUACUUCGAUGCUUCACCCCGCUGCGCCAGGAACCCACUGCGGCAAGCACAUGUGGUGUCAAAAUCAGGAGUGCGUUCCAAUCGUGGAUACGCCGAACGCGAUCGAUGGUGAAUGGGGAGAGUGGGGAGACUGGGGUCCUUGUUCUAGAACCUGUGGGGCAGGGGUCUCUAUCAUUGAGAGAAAGUGCGAUCAUCCGGAGCCCGCACACGGUGGUAAAUUCUGCGUUGGCGAGAGACGCCGCUAUAAAAUUUGCAACACUGACCCCUGUCCCGAUGGAUCGCCCAGCUUCAGAAGCGCACAGUGUACCUCCUACAACGGCAAACCUUACAAGGAAAAGAACUACACCUGGUUACCGUACUUUGAUCAAAGUGAACCGUGUAAGCUCUAUUGUACGGACACCGAUGAAAGCGUUAUUGUUCCGUGGGGUGAAUCGGCACUCGAUGGAACGCCGUGUAACGUUGGCACUCGAGACAUGUGCAUCGCCGGCAUUUGCAAGAAGGUCGGAUGCGACUGGGCGGUGGAUUCCGGUGCUACCGAAGAUCGUUGCGGCGUAUGUCAUGGCGAUGGGACUCAGUGUCUGACAACGACCGGUCAGUACGAUAAAAACGAAGGUCCCGGGUACAACGAAGUCGUCGUAAUCCCGGCGGGUUCGAGAAACAUAAAACUCGAAGAGAUCGGAAACAACAGAAAUUACAUCGGCAUAGGUGUACCGAAGUCCGACAAGUAUUUUUUGAAUGGAAAACGGCAGAUCACCCUAGCCGGAGAGUACGAAGUUGCGGGGACACCGGCACUGUACGAACGUGACCGGGAACGCGAGAAGGUCAGAAUUCCCGGACCGAUCAAGGAAGACAUCGUCGUAUACUUGAUUUGCAGAGGUCAUUACCGCAACUUUGGCCUACGCUACGAAUACACGGUUUCAAAAGCUGCCGAACCAGAUCGAGCACCCGAAUAUUCUUGGGUAUUUUCCGACUGGACGCUAUGCACCGUUACCUGCGGCGGCGGUAUGCAGAUGUCGAACGCGUAUUGUCACGAGAGUAAGAGUGGCGCCGUUGAAGAACAUUUUUGCAACGGAACGAAUAAACCCGAUCCCGUUUCAAGGGAGUGUAAUCAAAAACCGUGCCCCGCCAGGUGGUGGUUCGGCCCCUGGCAAAUGUGCGGAGUAACGUGCGGGGUAGGAUUGCGCAAGAGAUCGGUGAUGUGCGUCUCUUCCGGCGAAGGUAACGAGAGUUCGGAUUUGGCUCUACCCGACCGUGACUGUAACGGUGAAAUACGUCCCGAAGAACUUGGUCCAUGUCCCGAUCUGCCAGCGUGCGAAUCGACCUCGGCGAUUCCGCUGAUAGUUUAUACGGGCAACAAAGAAAACGCGUUCUACAAUGUGACCUCGAACGAGAACUACGGUAUAACAGUGAUAAGCAGUCUGACCACAGAGAAACCUGAGAUAUUAGAGUUCGACAACGUCGUCGACGGUAACAAGGACAAUUCUAUGUACGACACCAUGGCACAGUGGACUGUGUCGGACUGGAGUGCCUGCUGGCACGGGAAACGUACGCGUGAAGUAUCCUGUUCAACAUCGAAGGAUUGCGACCCUCUAGCGAAGCCGGUUUCGGCAGAGGAUUGUCGCGUUGGAAAAUGGGUCACUGGAAGGUGGAAAUCCUGCAACGCUACGUGCUUAUCUAAAACUGGCGUUAAACGUCGCAAUGUUGAAUGCCGUGACCGAAUAACAAACUCCUCGGCCAAGGAUUGCAAUCCAUCCAGACGUCCGCCGGACACCAGACGCUGCAAUGUGAAAAAACUAUGCGACAUACCCUUGCAUAAUUGUAAGGACACCCCCGACCCAACGACUUGUGACAAAUACAGUUACAUGUGCAACGUAUCUACAGUACUCAGAGGAGCAUGCUGUGCAACUUGUUCGCGUACGCGAAGACACGUACGCCAUAAUCGGCGUCAUUUGUUACGAGAAUAAUCCGGAAGGAGUUAAAAAACGCCAGAGUUGAACUACCAGUGUUUCUAUAUCGCUCAUCUCACUCUCUGAAAAAAAAAGAGAAAAAAAGACAACCUUCCGUCCUAUUCCGAGAGACGAGCUGCUUAUCCAUACGUGAAAACGGAACCAAUCGAUCGACGCGUUUCGGUCCCGUAGUCGAAUUUUUUACAGUUUCACUUAAUGAUAGAUAUAACGAAUGAAUGAAUGAAUGAUAGUUGAGUGAUGUGCGGUUGUCUUUCGGAGUCAUCGCAUGUAUUUCUUCGAACCUUCGGAUCGCCAUUCGACCAAUAAUAAUGAUUGCAACUCGUUUGAAAAUCACAGCAACUUAACAAAUCGCCGAUCGUUGAACAAACCUGUUCGCUCAUAUUGAGGUAGGUUGUAUCAAUGACUACAAUUGAACAGUUCGUGAUCAACCGGAAUAUUACCAAGUAUCGAUAAAAGAGGAACGUGAAGUCAGCUUGGGACCGUUUCUCAGGCCCAAAAUUCUCAUUCUCUUGGACUAACAUCUUGUGUGUCGAAUAUGAAAUGAAGAAAAAAAAAUCCCUGGCAUUUCGAAAAUUUUCUGAAGGCUACGAACACUAACGUGACCUUCUGUGAUAUAAUGGUGGAAUUUGAAUCUCGCGAGAAUUCUUCGCGCUCCAUCUGAAAAUGAGCAUUGGUCGGGGAAUGGGUAGGGAAUCUUCUUGAUUUUUGCGAGUUGCUUUCGGGUUGACCGAAACUUUAGUUAGUCGGACAAUUAACAGCGGUGCAUAAAGCGGGAAUCGAACGUUUCACGCGUCUCGGGGAGAACGAAACUUCUCGUCUAACAAUAAACCUGACCGACGCAAAUUGACCGUGUAAAAAUCAAUUGAUCACGGUCGGUGUGGCGCCACUAUUCGACGUCUCGAAAAACGUCACCGGGUACCAAUCGAUGCAAACAUGCGUCGUUUGUUGAUGUUUUUUUUUUUUUUUUUUUUUCUUUUAUU